AUGGAAUGCCCUCAUCUGACGGACAACGUGAAAAUCGACUAUCCCACCAACGGCGAUCCCGAUACAAAGAAAUGGCUAUGCGCAGUUUGUUCAUCGGGCGAGCACCCUUGGAUGUGCCUACACUGCGGCGUUGUGAGCUGUGGGCGAUACGUCAAUGCUCAUGCGCUUGCACACUCUGAAAGCCAAACGAACCACACCGUCUGCAUGGACUGUGAAAACCUAACAGUAUUUUGCUACUCUUGCAACGACUACAUUCUAAAUGAUACACCCAGUGGUCUCAUCAGGCAGCUUAGAGAAGUGCUCCUCCAAAUGGGGAGCAAGAGCCCUCCUUCUUGGCCAGGCACAUGUGACAUGAUAAGCGAAUCCGACUCUCUUCAAAAUACUAGAAACCUAAGGCCAAGAACAAGAAAAAGAUCUCGCUCAGAUGACAGCAGCAGUGCAGGUAGUUCUGAGAAUAUUCAGUGCAACGUCCGAGGGAGGCCUAAGCGCAAGAACAGCCGCAGGAACAUCAGCCGGAGAAAAAACCAAAUAAAACGGGAAAAAAGGGUUGUUGGGUUGAGAAAUUUAGGCAACACCUGUUUUAUGAAUGCGGUCCUUCAAUCGCUUAGUAACAUAGAAGAAUUUUGUCUUUACUUCAAAAAAUUACCCUCUCUAGAAGCGAUGAAAAACCGGAAUAAAGUGUACCAAUCCAGAACAAUAAAAGAGCUGAAGGAUGCCAUUAUGGCCGAAGAACUUAGGAAAGUGUUGAUCAAUCUGACAGAUCAAGGGACCAAAGGUGCUAUCUCCCCCGAAUCGUUAUUCCUCGUAAUAUGGAAAGUUGUUCCAAGAUACAGGGGAUAUCAACAGCAAGAUGCACAUGAAUUUUUGCGAUAUAUGCUUGACCGUCUGCAUACUGAACUGCUACACCUCCUGCCAGAUUUUUCCCUCAAAGAAUCUCAGUAUAUUUCUCAUAAGAACAAGACAUCAAUUGUAACUUCAGUUUUUGGUGGAAUGCUCCAAAGCGAGGUGAGGUGUUUGAAUUGUGGGACUGAGUCGAAAAAGCAUGAUCCGUUUCUUGACCUAUCUCUGGACAUACCCGAAAAAUGUCACAACCAGCGAAAGUGUAAAGAGACAGGGGAAGACCUUCCACCUUGUAAUAUAUUAGAUUGCCUGACUAGUUUUAUUGAAGUAGAAGAAUUGGCGGAAACAGAAUUAUACUACUGUAGUAAUUGUAAAAGUAAACAAAGAUCUACGAAAAGAUUUUGGAUCCGCAGACUACCUAAUGUUUUGUGCUUGCAUCUAAAAAGGUUCAGGUGGAAUAAUUUCUUUAGAACCAAAGUGGAUACGCACGUAAAAUUCCCUGUGAUAGCGCUGGACAUGUCUCAGUUUGUACUGUCCGACUUGCCAGAUACAAGAGCGUCCAGCACCCAACUAUACGACUUAGCUGCAGUCAUUGUCCACCACGGCGGUGGUUCUGGUUGUGGGCAUUAUACUGCAUUUGCUAUUAAUGAUGGUCAAUGGUUCCAUUUUAAUGAUAGUAUGGUCCGGCCGACAGAAAGCGACGUAGUAGCAAAAUGCAAGCCGUACAUCCUUUUCUACAUCCGGCGGGAGUUCAGGCUGCCGAGUGUCAAAUCAUGAGCUCUACCCCUGCCCCGUGUCCCUGUUUUUAAACCUUCUAUAUAUUUCUUUCCGUAAUGUUCAAUCCCUCUCCUCCCUUUUUGUCCCAAUGGCUCAAUAUUCGAACUCUGUGUCACAUCACGCUCGCGUCUCGUUACGCUAACUAUAUAUAUAUUAUAUAUAUAUAAAUAUAAAUAACUAAAUCGGAAUAGCUAUUAGAAACAGAUAAUAAAAUAUGCCUAUUAUGUAAAUAAGUAUAUACUUUUUUAUGGCCGAUAGUUUAGAUUAUGUAUUAUUUUAUAUUCGUUCAUUUUGUUUCGUUUUUUUUUUUUGUAAUUUCCUUUUUUAAUUAUGGUAUUAAGUCUUGGUGAACCAUGGUGAUAAAUGGUUUUCUUAGAAUCACUUACGUCUUAGCAUUAUUUAUUUUUUAUUUGUGAUGCUUUAUUUUUAAAUAUAUAUUUUUUAUGUAUUUGCCUUUGUAAACUGGUUUUUCUGCAUCACUUCAGUUUUUACAUACAUUGAUGGUCAUUGCAUUUAAGUU